GUGGACGCGCGGCUUUGUGAUGAAGCAACAGGCGGUAAAGCGCAGAGGAAAGACAGUCUGUGCUGAAGAGUAACGCUGAAGUGUCUUUCCCCCAGCUUCACGGGGACGCACGUUGUAUCCAUAACUUGUUGUUUUGUCAGAGUGGACAGCACCGCGCACAGGACAGGCGCAGUGGAUACCUUUACGCGCGGCAGCAGUUGAUGCGAGCGGAAAGAGGGCGGUCAAAGUGUGACGGCAAACACUGCGCCUUGCUCUGGCAACUCGGCGCCUGUUAGACUGCGCCUCGCACGUGUAAUUUAUUGUUCGUCCAGGGCACGGCUCCCGGCAGAGGAGACGCAUGCUCGAGAAGACCUCCGCGCACUUGAUGCCCGCUUCGGUGAUGCCAUGCCCCGGAACCACAGCGGAGACGAAGGCGGUACCGGGCUCUGGAUGAGGACAUCGCCGGGGCACAGUACCGAAGGCUACGGCUUGAAAGAUGUGGAGUCCGGACGAAGGAUGAUGAACAACGCGGGAGACGGCUUGCUGUCAGCCUCCGCUGCCUCAGGUGCUGCCGGCUCUGAGAGCCUGAGGGGGAAGCAGGGAGCCCGGCUCAGUCUGCUGGGAAAGCCGCUCAUAUACAGCGCGCAGAGCGGCCGGAGAAACGUGCGGUACCGGCGGCUCCAAAACUACCUGUACAACGUGCUGGAGAGACCGAGAGCCUGGGCGUUCAUCUACCAUGCGUUUGUGUUCAUCUUGGUCUUCAGCUGCCUGGUGCUCUCUGUGUUCUCAACCAUCCCAGCUCAUCAGGACUUCUCCUCCCACUGUCUCCUCAUCCUGGAGUUUGUGAUGAUAGUGGUGUUUGGGUUGGAGUACAUCAUCCGUAUCUGGUCGGCGGGAUGCUGCUGUCGCUACAGAGGAUGGCAGGGGCGGCUGCGCUUUGCCAGAAAGCCCUUUUGUGUCAUAGACAUCAUAGUGUUGAUAGCGUCAGUGGCGGUGGUGUCUGCGGGCAGUCAGGGCAACAUCUUCGCCACUUCGGUCCUGCGGAGCCUGCGUUUCCUGCAGAUCCUACGCAUGGUGCGAAUGGACCGAAGAGGAGGCACCUGGAAACUGCUGGGCUCUGUGGUCUACGCACACAGCAAGGAACUGGUAACUGCCUGGUACAUCGGUUUCCUGGUUCUCAUCUUCUCCUCGUUCCUCGUCUACCUUGUGGAGAACAAGUUCAACAAGGAGUUUGCUACCUACGCUGAUGCCUUGUGGUGGGGCACGAUCACCCUGACAACCAUUGGCUAUGGGGACAAGACACCAAAGACGUGGACAGGACGGAUGCUAUCUGCAGGGUUCGCCCUCUUGGGCAUCUCCUUCUUUGCCUUGCCAGCAGGAAUUCUGGGCUCAGGCUUUGCCCUGAAGGUCCAAGAGCAGCACAGACAGAAGCACUUUGAGAAAAGAAGAAACCCAGCAGCCUACCUCAUCCAGUGUGUUUGGCGUAGUUAUGCGGCUGAUGAGAACUCGGUUUCCAUUGCUACCUGGAAGCCUCACUUGAAGGCGUUGCAUACCUGCAGCCCUACAAAGAAGGAGCAGGGAGAGUCGACCACAAGUCAGAAGUUGAGCUUCAAAGAGCGGGUGAGGAUGGCGAGCCCCCGAGGUCAGAGUAUUAAGAACAGGCAGACGUCUUCUGUGAACGAUCGGCGGUCACCGGUGGCUGAGGCCAGUACGGAGGGCACCAGCCCUGCCAAGGUCCAGAAGAGCUGGAGCUUCAAUGAUCGCACACGUUUCAGACCUUCACUCCGCCUAAAGAGCCAGUCCCGCUCCACCACUGAUGCAGACUCCACCAUAGCAGGUGAGGAUGGCUUUGAUGAGAAGGGCUGUCACUGCGAGAUCUCGGUGGAGGACCUGCUGCCCUCAGUCAAGUCUGUCAUUAGAGCUGUCAGGAUAAUGAAGUUCCAUGUAGCCAAGAAGAAGUUUAAGGAGACGCUGCGUCCUUAUGAUGUGAAGGAUGUGAUUGAACAGUACUCUGCCGGUCACUUGGACAUGCUGUGUCGCAUCAAGAGCCUGCAGACCAGGCUGGACAUGAUUGUAGGCCCGCAGCCCCUGAGCAACAGAGCCAAGACCUUUUCCUCCCCCUCCUUCCCUGUCUAUUACAGCCAGGGCAGAAAGAACUCCACUCAGGGAGUGGACCAAAUCCUUGGCAAGGGCCAGAUCCCCCUGGACAAGAAGAUUCGAGAGAAGCUGCUGUCUGAUGGUGAUAUAUUAGAGGACAUGAGCAUGCUGGGUCGCGUCUGUAAGGUGGAGCGGCAGGUCCAGUCGAUUGAGUCAAAGCUCGACUCCCUGCUCGACAUUUAUCGCCAGGUUUUGCGUAAAGGCUCGUCUUCAGCUCUCACGCUCUCCUCUCUGCCCCUGUUCGAGCUGGAACAGACCUCUGACUACCACUCCUCUGUCUUCAGCAAGGACUUGUCCUGCUCCACCCAUGUCAGCAGCAGCGGAGCGCCUCCCCCUGGUGGCUGUGUCACACGCUCCACCACUAAUUCCCACCUUUCCCAGGGAGGACUCCAACUCAUCCUGGCUCCACCCAAUGAGCUUAACCUCAAUCUCAAUGUCUCCUCUUCCACACCUCCAUCUGGCCUUGCAUCCUCCUCUUUUAGCCCGUCGCCACUGCCUCAUCACCAUCAUCAUCACCACCACCAUCAUCAUCCUCAUCAUACCCACCAUCAUCAUACCCAGGCUCAGGCCACCACACCUGAAAGUGGCACUGAUGAGGCUGUGGGGAGCUCUACACCCAUCCUCACCCCAAACAGUAUCAGCAGUGGAGGGGGAGGAGGAGUAGGAGACGGAGGAUUUCCUCUUCUGCCGAGCCUACCACCACCGCUCCCUCCCAGCCGGAGAAGUGGCCCAAGCAACUUGGUGCGAGAGCCCUCCAUAGAAGCGUCCCCUGACAUGGAGGACUUUUGUGGAGGUCUAGGGACAAAGAUGGAGCACAGCAGUGUGAGGGAGGACCUAGGCCUUGGGUUGGGCCUGAGCAGGUUAGGGCAGCAGCUAAAGGGCAACACCAAAAGCAAUGGCAGGCUAAACACCAAGGAGGAGGGCUCCUGGAGGAGGCAUAUGAGCCUGGAGCUUGAGCCCCUGGUUCCGCCAGCCCUGGGCUGCUGCUCUGGCCCCAGCCAUAUGGACCAAGGCUUGGGCAAGUCCAUGUCAGUGCAAGACCUGAUGCAGGUACCUCCAGGGGCUGUCCAGGACACCCACCACAGCCACAGCCUGUCAUCUCCAAGCCCCAGUACAAGCAGUGACUCCCCCAUUGGCUUCCACAGUUGUAGCCAAGACCCUGGGGGAGGAGGGGGUGGUGGUGGUAUAGGCAGGAGUGGUGGAGGCGGAUGGGGUGAGGAGGACCUUUUUAUCAGUGACAGGGACAUAGAGGCGCAGGGAUUUGACUUCCUGUCACAGGGAACUGCUGAGGCCCACUCGUACACCUCGGAGCUCCUGAGGACGGGGGGCAGAGCAGGGGCAGGGUCCCGGGGCUCUAACCGUAGCCUGUCCAGCGGUCACGCAUCCUCACCCUCUGCUGGCAGCACCGAAUUGCUGAACAUGCCACACGUGCGGCUAAAAUAGACCCAGCUACCUGUUGGGAAGGCACGUAAAUCUCACCUCGCAGAGACAGUUUUUAUCCUUUUUGGAUGGGAGUGGGAGGGUGGGACUGUAACAAGGGGUCCUUUUUUUUUUUUUUUUGGUUAACUUUCAUUUUGAUCCAUUUGAUAAGAAUCACAGUAUUUUCAUACAGGCUGAUCACAUAUGGCAUAUCAUUGCAUGAGUUACUCUUUGUUUUAAAGUUUGAUUGACAACCUGAGAUAAAUAUGAACGGGAACACAGACCCCCAAAACCUGAGACUCUGCUAUGAAACAAAGCCAACUAAACUUGACAAGGCUCUGUAACACAGCCGGUUGAUAUGUGACCAUGAGACACUGCAUGAACACUGCAUGUUUUCAGUCAAAGGUACUGAGAUUAGCGAGACACAGUUUACACUGAACAAAGCAGGAAGGCACAGACACAUGGAAAAUUCCUUUGAGAACAACAUUCAUAUCUGUAGUAAGCAAGGGAAAAAUGGGGCCUAAUAGUUAAAUGUGUUGCUGUAUAGAGAGCCAAAGUGAAACCAGAACUUUUGCGUUCUUGUCCAGGAAUAAGAGAACCCAUAACUCAUAUAUCCCACUGAGAUAUCGAACAUCGGUAAUAACUAAAAAUCCAGGCUUGAAAAAGAGCUUUUCUCAACUGUAUGUUGUGUGACUCGCUUGACGUGUUUAGAUAAGUAUGGUAGUCUUUUGAAAAACAAUCUAAUAUUGUUGCUUAUUCAGUAUUUAUCUUUUUAGCAGCCUUCAGCAAACACCAUUUCCCAUAAGCUCUAGACGUUCGCAGGCAAAAUCUCACUGCUUGACAGAAGAGGCGAGUCCAUGAGCGAGUUCAAACCAUGGAUGUAAUAACACCAGCACAGAGGGGAGUGGAAGCUGUGAUUUACAGCCAGAAAGAAUGAAUUUAGGGGACAGAUAGUGCUGGUGAGUUUUAUAGAUACGGACCAAACCAAGUUACAAUAAACACAAGUACUCAUGCUGCCGCACUUGUAGUUUUAUUUCAUGAGAGCUCUAGUUUUUUGGAUGCUAAAAAAAAAAAUGUUGUUUAACUUUGUUAACUUUGAAGGAUUCAACUUCUAAUAGUCAGUGCUGUCGAGGUGGAUGAUUUGUCUAAGAAUACGGAAAGAAAUCCUGAGGAACAUUCUUCGUUUCAUUCACAAAGACACAAAAAAAAUCCUGAAUGAGAGAUUGCAUUGAGUUACAGAAGCUAGUGGAACAGAGGCAUGCUGGGAUGUGACGCCAUAUUCAGCUCUGUAUACAAGAUGUCACUGUCUCUCCAAUUACAUGACAGGCUUCCAUACUGAAAUGAAUGUUACCUCUUUUCAUUCUCUGGUGUUGCCACUAUUCCUGUUUUAUUUCCAAGUCAUUUUCGAAAACCAGAUCGAUCAUCUCCCCAAAUUUCUAUCCUCAAAUGUUCAAUUUUAUUACAAUCCUCAGCAAAUGAAAGUACCACGCCACAAAAACAGUGUAUACAAGUUUUAGUUCCUGAACUACAGGUCAUUAAUACUUAACAUUUUUGCCGAACAUUAUCAAAAGAAGGAAAUAUAAUGUUAAUUUGUUCAGCGUAUUUUUUCUCAGGCAUCCACUGGUUUUCAUUUGUUUCCCUACAGUAAAUCAAUUAGCAGAUGCUUAAGUUGUGUAAGAAGUCAUUGUGAACAUCAGGUAAUUUUUAGUUGCAUUUUCAAGUCUGAAAAUCUGAUUUGCAUAUCAUACUGCCAACAAUACUGGACAAAAUACAUCCAAGUUUCUGAAACUGAAACUGAAAAAGCUUGUUUCCAAGUGAUUUGGAGGAUAUAGGCUAAAACGUGUAGAACUGCAGGAUUGGCCCUUUCAUUUUUUUCGGUCAGUUAAACUGUAAACUGAAUUGGUGGGCAUCUUAUUUUGACAGCCGUAACCAUAACCUGUUACUGAGGAGAACAGCAGGAAGACAAAUGUCAGUGUAACUGCCAAGUAUGUGGACGCUUAUCAAUGCCACUUCUGCCAAGUCAGCUCCAGUACCAUCAUGUUGAAAGAACAUACAUGUAUAUACACAUGUACACAUAAGAAAGCCCAUUAAACAGAAUCUAAGGUCCAGUCCAGAGGAGAGGAGCAAGGAGCAGCUGUUGCUUGCUUUCAGAUCAGUUAUGCACCGAUCGGUUUGUUUUCCAGCUGACGACAGCCAUGGAUUGAAACACAUUGUGAAUGUCAUUUCUUGCUUUAAAGAACAGUUUGUUAUUUUGUCAGAACAGGAGUGUCUUAGCAAAGCACUUUGUUUUGGUUCCGAAUCAGACACACUGAAAGAAAUGUUCAGAAAUCUAACUUUGUAUUACAUUUAUCUUUUUGCCUCCCCGUUUUUACAUGAAAUCUUAUUUAAAUCAUGGUCAAUGUUUGCUUUCCUUUUUACACAGUGAUGUGGGAUUUUUUUUUUUUCUUCCUUUGAAAUGGACUCACUGCAGAAUGUAUCGCUUAUUUCAUUAUUAAUAUGAGUAGAAAAUCUAUUUCUUGAACUGCUGAGCAGUGACAUCGAGAUAACUAAUGACCAGCUUCCUCUUCCUGUUGCAUGGUGCAGAAUCAGGUGCAUCAGGUAAGGUUAAGUGGCUUUGUCUAAGUUUUGGAAAAUAAUUGCAGCACCACAACAUGCAGGUACUGUAGAUACUACCCAUAUAGCAUUUGAAGCCUCAGUGGUGAAUAUUCACCCUUAGCAAGCAGUACCUCAAUGAAGUUCUGAAUACUCAUAUCAAAGACCAGAAUAUGUGAAGGAGACCUGGGGUCAGUUUGCUUUCGAGAGGUGGAGUUUACUUUCUUUUAAGAUAUUUAAAUACACUUUGCAUGAAAAGGUUGUCAUAUCCAAACCUAUUUAUAACAGAGGAAUGAAUGCCACAUCAUUAAGACAAAGCACUAUUUAUGGUUCAAAUCGAUUGCAGAGAAAGUAAAAAAGACCCCAGCUCUGAAGUCUAGAAAACCUGCAGUACAUACAGUAUAUUGGUGCCUUGCUUUUGUGGUACAUAUUCAUCUCCAUACCUACGGUUUCCUGAAAAGUGCAUUAGAUUCCUCUGAACAGAAAUGGUUGCACUGUCUUCAUUUUCUCUCCUUGUAAAUGUUCUAACUUGAGGCAUCAUACAGUUUUCUAUUCAGAGAUCAUUUUGCUACUGGGCACAAAACAGGCCUUUGACAUGUUAACAUUCUGUCUCAUUUAUUUUAAUUUAUUUAAAUUAUGUGCACAUAUUUACACACUAGUAAUAAUCUCAGUUAGAUUUAUGAAGCCUGUAAUGUAAUGAAAAUGCAAGUGGACUUUUAUUCUCAUUCAUCAAUAAAGGAAAUUCUAUGAA